AUGGCCCAAGCAGUGUCCACUACUACGACAACUGCUCCGUCAAAUCCUUUUCCGGUCGUGUUGUGGCAUGGAAUGGGAGAUUCUUGUUGUUUUCCAUUUUCGAUGGGAAAAAUCGAAUCUGCAAUAAGAUCGCAAUUUAAUAAUUCGAAUAUUUACAUUCAUAGCAUUCGAAUUGGCUCCAAUGAUGCAGAAGAUGUUGAAAAUAGUUAUCUCAUGAAUGUUAACAAACAAGUUCAAAUAGUCUGUGACACCUUAAAGAAAGAUCCAAACUUACAAAAUGGAUUUAAUGCCAUUGGAUUCUCUCAAGGAUCUCAAUUUUUGAGAGCUUAUGUUCAAAGAUGUAAUCAGCCAAAAGUUCAUAAUCUCAUCUCCAUUGGAGGUCAACAUCAAGGCGUUUAUGGACUUCCAAAAUGUAUUGGUGUCAAUCAUACACUGUGUGAAUAUACCAGAGAAUUAUUGGACAUUGGAGUUUAUUGGGAAUGGAUUCAAAAUACUCUCGUUCAAGCAGAAUAUUGGCAUGAUCCAUGGAAUGAGGCGGAAUUUAUUGAGCGAUGUAUCUUUUUACCUGACAUUAACAAUUAUAGAGCAGUGAAGAAUGAGACGUACAAGGCAAAUUUGAGUUCCUUGAACAAGUUUGUAAUGGUCAAAUUUUUAUUGGAUUCCUUUGUUCAGCCAAUUGAAUCUGAGCAUUUUGGAUUUUACAAGCCUGGUCAAGACAGGGAGGUUGUGAAAUUGAGAGACUCACAACUCUAUCAAGAGGAUUGGUUGGGAUUGAAGAAACUUGACAUGGCAGGAAGAUUAGAUUUUUUGGAAGUUGAAGGAGAUCACUUGAGAUUUACACUUGAAUGGUUUAUAGAAAAUAUCGUUAACCCUUAUUUGAAGUAA